AUGGAAAAGCUUGUGAAAGGUGCUACAAAAAUAAAAUUGGCUGCGCCCAAGUCCAAAUACAUCGAGCCUAUUUUAUCGGCAACAAAUGGCGGCGAGUCCGGCGUUGCCGAAGUGUUCCGCACUCUACAGCUUCGUUUGAGAGAUUCGACAUGGACAAUCGUUUUCAAGUCUCUGAUCGUUGUUCAUUUAAUGAUCAGAGAAGGACGACCUGAAGUGACGCUCAGGUACAUUGCAGAAUCGCCCAAAAGACUAGCGAUCAGUAGCUUCACCGAAGGCAUGUACAAUGAUCAGGUUCAAACUCAGGGUGUUAACAUACGACGGUAUUACGAGUAUUUGCUGGAAAGAGUGCGGGCCUUUCGCGACACCAAGACAGACUAUGUCAGAUCGGGAGCGGGCAACAUGCGACAGUUGACUGUCGAUAAAGGGUUGUUGAGACAGACCGAGAUAGUGCAGGAUCAAAUCCAAGCAUUGGUGCGGUGUGAUCUUCUUGGGAACCAAGAUCCCGACAACGAGAUCACACUAACUGCUUUUCGCCUUCUGAUUUUGGAUCUACUGGAACUAUACAAGGCGAUGAAUGAGGGCACUAUCAAUGUUCUAGAACAUUAUUUCGAGAUGUCUCGGCCCGAUGCGGAACGGGCAUUGCAGAUUUACAAGACGUUUGGGAGACAGACCGAGCAGGUGGUCCAGUACUUGAGUCUCGCCAGACAAUACGAGAUGUCUACGCGGCUGGAAGUUCCAAAGCUGAAGCAUGCGCCGACCACUUUGACUGCCUCGUUAGAGGAGUAUCUAAACGACCCGGACUUCGACAUCAACCGAAGGCAGUACCUUGCGCAACAGGAGGCAAAGAGGAACGGGAAGCGAGUACGUUCAGGCUCUUCCUCAGCUCCAUUAUCCAAAUCGCCGGCCAAAACAACAGCGACACAAUCUAGACCACAAGUUGCGCAAUCUCCACCCAAGGGACCAGCUCCCGACCUCAUCGACUUCUUCGGAUCCAUUGAACAAAACCAGCAGUCCAUGGCCCAACCCAAUAAUAAUGCACAAGCGCCAUAUCAGCCGGGAAUGCCACAGGCCCAGCCGUACCAACAGGUGCAAAUGCCUCAGCAGACUGGAUACAAUCCCUUCUUCCAGCAGCAAAUGGCUUUUCCGAGUCAGAACCCGCCGCAGCACCCGACCCUGCAGACCGACUUUACAGGUGCAGGUUUUGGAGGGUAUGGUCCGCAACCUCAGCAACAGCCACUUUCGCAGGGCUUUCAGUUCCAUUCCACUCUGUCUCCAAUCCCGCAGAAUGGUGUGGCCAACUUCCAAUCACAGGCUCUUGCGCCGGCUCAGCAAAUGGCAAUACAGCCACAGCCGACCUCCACCAAUCCGUUCCGACAAUCAAUGAUAUCGACAGGAACAUCACAACUCUCUCCAGUGAGUCCUGAGGCUCAACGGCAAUCUACCAACCCGUUUGCAAAACACAUUACUGGAGCUAUGCCAAACAAUGGGCCAACGGGGCUUGAUCAGACGUUCCCCCAUACUCAGAUCUCACCGCAGCCGACCUUUCCCUCUGACCCUUCGUUUCUCAACUCACCUCCAGCUCUCCAGCCGCAACGCACUGGAACCAACCCCUUCGCAAAACAGCGGCCCACCACUGCUGCAGGUGCUGUGACAACCAAUGUCACAGGCAGCACGAAUCCAUUCCGGCAAAGUGCUUUUGUGAACCAACAAACAGGACAAGGUUGGCAGCAUAGUACCCAGGGUACGCUUGCUGGAUUUGAUGUGAAUCAUGUGGACACGGUGCCGGUCUUCCCUAGGCCGGGACACAGCUGA